GGUGCUCCCCCCAUCAUGUUAUUGAUCACCAUGUCGGCGUAGAAGGAAAACAAACCUCAGAACAACCAUCCUGUCCCGAGACGGAGUCUUUAAAAUGGCCGGCGAGGAGGAGAGGGGGGUGGUUCGAGUCAAAGUCAAGAAAUGUGACGGGGUGCUUCCUGUGGAGUUUCGCUCCUUCGCUGUCGAUCCUCAGAUAACGUCACUGGAGGUCCUGCAGCACAUACUCAUCAGAGCCUUUGAUCUGAACGGGAAGCGGAACUUCGGGGUCAGUUACCUGUCUCGGGAUCGGAGUGGUGCUGAAACGUACACGUCUCUGGUGUCUGACUGGGAACUGGACGCUGCGUUUGUCAGUGCAGCCAAACCACAUCUGCAGCUGAAGAUGGACAUAAAACCUUCGGAGGACAGUCCUGUUAUGGAGGACUGGGACAUCAUAAGCCCCAAAGACGUGAUUGGCUCUGAGCAGCUGCUCGCAGACAGGACCAGGUCUUUGGCAUCUGCAGCGCUUCCCUUCACCCAGUCUCUGCUGUCCCAGGUGGGCCGGACCCUGUCCAAAGUCCAGCAGGCCUUCAGCUGGUCUUACGGGGAGGAGAUCAAGCCUUUCAAGCCCCCGCUGACUGACGCCGAGUUUCACAGUUACCUCAACGGACAGGGCCAGUUGACACGACCCGAGGAACUCAGACUGCGGAUCUACCAUGGGGGAGUGGAGUCUUCACUGCGCAAGGUUGUUUGGCGGUACCUCCUGAACGUCUACCCUGACGGGCUGAGUGGACAGGAAAGAAUGGACUACAUGAAGAGGAAGACGAGGGAGUAUGACCAGCUGAAGAGCGAGUGGACGGCCCGGGUCAGCCACGAGGACCUUGAAUUUAUCCGUGGGAAUGUCCUUAAAGACGUCCUGAGGACGGACCGGGCUCAUCCGUACUACGCAGGCUCAGAAGACAGUCCACAUUUGACGGCCCUCACAGACCUGCUCACCACAUUUGCCAUCACACAUCCACAGAUAUCAUACUGCCAAGGCAUGAGUGAUAUUGCCUCCCCUAUACUUGCGGUUAUGGACAACGAGGCGCAUGCCUUCAUUUGCUUUUGUGGCAUUAUGAAACGCUUGGAGGGGAACUUCCGGCCAGAUGGGCAGCUCAUGUCCAUUAAGUUCCAGCAUCUAAAGCUGCUUCUGCAGUACUCGGAUCCCGAAUUCUACUCUUACCUGGUGUCCCGAGGAGCUGACGACCUCUUCUUCUGUUACCGCUGGCUGCUUCUGGAGCUCAAGCGAGAGUUUGCGUUUGACGACGCUUUGAGGAUGCUCGAGGUUACUUGGAGCUCGCUGCCCCCGGAUCCUCCUGAAACCGAAGUGGAGCUUCUGGGACCACCGCUGGAGACCGAUGAAACGGUGUCCUGCAGAGACGAGGACAAGGACAUGGCAGUUGAGAACUGCCUCGGAGAUGACAAGGAACAAAAAGAGAAGCAGCGUAGACGACAUAUGCUGAGGCCUUCAAGAGAAGAAGCUGAUGUGUGCGGCAGCGCUGUCAUAGAGGAAAAAGACGUAGGUGCUGGAACGGGAAGCGAGGGCGGUGAAUGUGACGUUCCUCAAGCGACCGUGGAAAAGGCAGAUUUGCAGGCUCCUCCUUUUGAGAGGCAAACGAGUUUCGGAGAGUUCAAAUACUAUACUGCCCGAAGUGAAGAUAGCUUUGAUAUGGAGGAUGCCGAGCAGCCGCGGCGUUUGGUGGCUUUAAAGUCAGUAACAAGCGUCCCGAGGCGCCAGUCCACAGUUGACAGUGAGGAGGACCCGGGAGAGAAAACACCUCUCAUAAAAAACUGCGACAAUGGUUUCUCAUCACCUCCUCUUUUUCCUAGUGGCCUACCAAUGUGGAAAACUGGCCCCUCUGUCUCUCCCACAUCUUCAGUUUCACCCUCCAGCUGGCCAGGUGCUUCUCCAGACUCUCCUCCAGAACCCACAUCCCCAUCCACAACCAAUGGAAGAGAGGCCUUUCCAAGAACUGUCCCAAAAGUGUUGACCUCCUCUGCCCAAGUGCUCGGCAGCACAGGGAUUAACUCGCCCACAACCCCCACUUUAAAAACAUCUGUUGCGUCUCCCACCCACACUCGACCCCUACUCUCUUCACCCAUUUUGUCCUUUGGGAGAGGCCCCUCGCUGUCUGGCAGCAGGUCGUCCUCCAACAAUCUCCCCUCACCUGGCAACAAAUCCCCCAGCACCACGGCUAACACGCCCAAUUCUUCGAAAGCCGAGUCCACCAGCAUCAAACCGUGUUCCCUGCCGCCUCCUCAAGAGUUCGGCAAAGGCAAUCCCUUCAUGCUGUUCCUGUGCCUGUCCAUCCUGCUGGAGCACCGAGACCACAUCAUCAAGAACAGCUUGGAUUACAAUGAGCUAGCCAUGCACUUUGAUCGCCUUGUGCGGCGCCACAACCUGAGCAGAGUGCUGCAGCGAGCCAAGGCCUUAUUUGCGGACUACUUGCAGAGUGAAGUGUGGGACUCGGAAGAAGGGGAUGAGGUUAGCUCGGACUCCCCAACAACAGCUACCGCUGCUCAACACUCCCCUUCUUCAACCAUCUCUGCCAGGCCCAUUUACAGCCCACUGGCAUCGCCUCAGUCAUCAUCUCCGAACUCAACCUAUAACCUCGCAACCACCAUUCCCUCCCCAACAGCUCAAGUUUCCCUCUCUCCCACUUCCUGACUCCGUCACGCAUCGUUGGCUUCCCAUCGUCAGUGAACUCCUCAGUAGACUGUUUGUGGCCCAUCGGAGGUGUAGAUCUUUUUGAGACAUCCUCCCACGUUAAAUUGGGCGGUUAAUAAUCUUCUCAUUCUUCUGUGUAUGCUUGAAUACAUAUAUUCCUUAUGUCUGUAGUCAUCGUAAUAUUUAAUUUUUUCAUCAAUCUUUCAAGUUAAGCUUUCUUUGCUGUCUGAGGGGAUGAAAGAGCUAAAUGUCCCAUCGUGCCCUCUGAGGUUGCUGACGCAUGAAAUGUUAAAACCUGUGACUCAUGUGUUUGACGGUCAGACAGAAGUUUGGCUGUUUAAUUUUUUCCAGAACCAACAAAGGUUGAGCCACUUGGUGCAGUUAGCCUGUGUUGCCCUCUUUAUUAACUUUGUUUACAAGCUCAUGUCACGUCCAAUAAGCCACAAAAGUGUCUUAACUGAAGCACUCGAGUUGCAUUACUUAAAGGUCCAGUGCGGAGGAUUUAGUGGCAUCUAGCGGUGAAAUUGCAGUUUGCAACCAUUUGAAUACCGCUCGCCUCGACCUCCCCUUCCGAGCGUGGAGGAGCUUCAAAAACAUAAAAUCCAGACUCUGGUUUGUUGAAAGUCAUGGUUUAAAUUGCUCUUGUUCAUAAAGCAUUUCUCAAAGGACUUUUACAGAAACAACCAAGAUCUAAGUCAUCAGUUUUCUUGGAAACAAGACAAAGCCAGCACACAUACUGUCCUUAGCGAACCUUCCUGACCUAGGCUGUCACCAGUAACCUUAAAGGGUAACUCCACAAUACAUUUACAUAGUGUAAAGAACUGCUGCUGAGGUGCUCGGUGAAAGUGUGUUCAGACAGAACACAAAGAUGAGAUGCAAGAGGGCUCGAAUGCACGGGGAAAUUCAUGUUUAUCCUUUUAUGAAUCAACUUCAUAAACAAACUUAAACAGUCUAGUGGUCAAAUUCACGCAAACAUGAAGGCGAAAAUGUGCUUUCCCUUCUGUCUGAACAGACUUUAAAGCAAAAUCAGUUCAUUUCAAAGGACUCGCAGCGAGGUGAAGUACAUCCGUGCAGAGAGAGCAACAGAGAGCCGGAGAGUCCAAAAUACAGGAAGCUAUCCUAUGUCUCGCCAUCGCAUUUAGCAUGACCGUGCUCCACUCGAGCACUGUUUUUGGAGCUUCACCCAGUUAGUGACUUGACCGUUCUUCAACCUUUUACUCUUCCAAAGUGAUACUGCAUGUGGACUCGGUGGCAUAGUAGGAUACCCAGAGAGAUGGGUCCAAACAGAACAACGCUGCAGCACAAUCCACCGCUCGCACCAUUCAGGUCGAAUGCUGCAGACGAGCCAAAAUGAAUUCCUGUCUUUUUUAUUCUGUCAUCUCGUUCAGCUUGAUAUUCUUUCCAUUUCUGUUAUCAGUUAAACCAAACUUUCUAAAGGUUUAAUGUUGCUGAAAUGGCUCACUGCUUCUGUAAAAAAGUGGUUUCAUGAUUUGUAUUUUUAAGUGCAGUAAAGGUGGUGUGUGACAGAGCUUUUAAGCUACCUUCAGACUUGCAACAUCAGAGGUUUUGGCUUAGUGCAAUGAGUAUGUAUCGGUGACACGUUCACUCGGGGGUUCAGUGUUAAAUAACUCUGAUACAGUCACACAUUUGUUUGUUUUUAGUUUUUACAACUUUUAAUGCGACUCAGCCAAUCACAAGUGAGGACUGUUAGUCCGACAUCAGAGGAACUGGUUAUGAUUUCAGUUAUUCAUGAAAAGGUCUCUGGAGUUAAAACGGGACAAAGCAGCUGAUCGUUUUUGCAUUGAUGGACAUAAUGUCAUCUCACCAUGUUACACUAUGAGGAGAUACUGUAGAGAUCAGCUCACUGUACGAAUACCUUUCUGAUGAUACACUGUAGGUGCUGGACUCUCCCAUUCAAACUACACCGGUAGUUAAAUAAGUACCGUACGUUAUGUAAGGCUGUGGUGGCUCAUUAUUCAGAGAUGUAUCAUCAGUUUGGCACUUUGGUUCUUUCCCAAAGAUUCUGUUUUCUGAUUUCCAAGAAACCAAUCGACAUAUUUGUGUAAAUGAGGCUAAUUUAUUGCAGCAUCGCAGGUAUCGCAUAUUGGCAGUAACGGAGUCCUGGCGGUAUAAUCCAUCUCCACCACUGAUUCUUCAGUUAGACAUUAUGAAGCGGAAUAUGAUGUGAUGCCACUUGACACGUGCGACCCUUUGGCAGAGAAGUGCCUCACGUGUUUGAAUCGGUAGCCUUAUGUUUUCUUUUGUGCCCUGAACAUCUGUCUGCAUCUGUAAAGGCCGGUUACAGGGCUGAGUGAUAUCUGAAUGAACAGACGCUGUUAACGUGUAGGACAUCCUGACUUUCAACCAUUUAGGACACAUAUCAGACCAAAUUCUGUAUAUUUCAACAUGACUGUAAUCUUAAUGCCUCACUGACUUUCCAAUUUCUGCCAGGAAAGGAGAAAAAGUGACUGUGUAUAUUUAUUUUUAACAUUUCUAAGUCAGUAACAUUGGAGCUACUGAGUCAAAAUCACGAGACACCAAGUCUAAAUUUUGACUUUGCAACGUUUCAUCUGUUUCGCCUGGUGGGAAUGGACGUCCACACUAAUGUCUUGCAUCAGACGAUGAAACUGGCCAAAAGACGGGGGGAUGUUUUCCGAGCACCUCGGGAAUAUCUUUAAAAGGAUUUUCUUCCAAACAAAGCAGACGUGUAAAACAUAUUUUUCAGUUAAAUGAGAUGUAAUUUAACUCUCCACUGUAGUGGACGUCAGGCAUCCAAAGGGCUGAUCCUGUGUUUCCAUUUGGUCCAAAAUGGAUCAAAUGCAACUGAACUCAGCAACAGUGCGCUCACAUUGAACACAACGCUAGUUCCUGUUUGUUCGGUUCCAGAUCUGAAAGUGUCGACGUGGCUCAGCCGUAUUGGGUGCACUCGUGUUAAUGUAGGUGAAGCGCUGUGCACGGCUGCAGCGCCGCAGGGAGAGAGCGGGAAAUCGUUCAUGAACGUUGUGUUAGUAAAUCCUGAUUUUGUAAAAAUCCCCUCAUGUCCUCCCAGCUCGUUGUUGACGUCUUGGACCUCGACACAGUUCGGCUGCGUGGGGACAAAGUCAGGGACCGCGUCUUGUGUCUCAGCAUCGUUGACCUUGAAGACUUUGUUCUUGGUUUUGAUUGGCCUGCGUGUGAACAGGAAGUGUGAUGGCUCCACCUCCAACAGGGAAACCCCUGAAAGCAGAAACUAAAGUAAUUCUCAUGUCUUUAGAAAGACACUUGUGAUCAUUGUGCUUAUUACUCUUACAUUUGGUUUCGCCUCCUUUUAUAUAUCAGUAUUUAAUAGCAUAUUGAAAAGGAACUGAAGUAACUGGACUGGCUGGACUGAGUGCAUUUGUAAAAAAAAAAAAAAAAAAGAUUUGUUUAUCUUGUUAAAUUAUAUAUGUGCACAAAAGUUCAACUUUUUAAUCAUACAACACAGAACAAUGUUACUGAUCGUACAUCGGACACAAAUAAAUAAUCAAUGCAACUGA